UCAGUGGCAACUGUUUCCCCAAAGCUGGGAGACAGGUGACGCCGCCAUCAGUACAUCAGUCCCCAUGUCGUUGUUGCCGCAGUUGCCUGAUGCCAUGGUGGGAAUUGUUUCGGCCCUGUCGUUGACCGAGAACUUUGCGGUCCGCGCCAGCUGCAGAGGUGUCGAAACCUCGAUCUCUGAGGGUUUUCUGAGGCUUCAGAGGCUGGAAAUCCAACGGCCAGUGGUUCAUAGCCUGGCCACUCCACCGCCAAAGUGCCUGGGUGGACUUCAACAUUUGAUUUUGAAGCAAGGAAUCUCCUUAGUGAAGAAUGGCCAGCUGCCAGAUCUGGCCCAGGAACUCGCAGCUGCCGCCCAUUUUGCGGUUCAACUCCCAAGGCUUCGCAGAGUGGAUCUCAGUCGAUAUGACUGUAGCUUGCUCUUCAGAAAUCAGAAAGCAGGAGAUCGAGAAGUACCAGUGUUGCGGCAUUGUUUCCUAUCCAACACCGAAGACGACGAUUUGGACCGAACUGGAUCUUCGACCAACAAGACCUUUGAAAUUUGCUUAAAGGAGGCAACACUUUGGUCUCAGUUCCUGAAAGCAGCUGAAGGGAGCCGUUGCGGGGAUGCCGUCAGAGGUGAAGAUUGGCCCAUCUCCGUCACUCAGGUGCGUCACAGCGCCUGUGCUGUGGCAGGUUCUGCACAGCGCUUUGUGGCACACAGCCUCUGUAGCGCGCAGGGAACCGACGAUUUGAUCUCUGAUUUGAAGUUGCUGAAGAACUUGGACGACUUGCAUGUGGUUUGGUGGCCUGAGACUCCUGGUUCAACAUCAUCGCGGGAACCAAGCUGGGCAAAGCGUGUCCUUCAGGCCUUUCCAACUCUCCGGCGCUUUGACGAGACCUUCACCAAGGGGGCACUGGCGGCAGUGGUGCGACCGGCGGCGGCCCCUGCGGCCGCCGCCGUUAUCGCCGCCCGACGCGUGGCUCCGCCGGCUCCACCGCGCCGGCGACGCGGCGACUUGCCACGGCUGCCUGGACUUGGUCGACCUGAGGCGGUGUGGAGCCUCUUUGAUACUGCCUUCCCAAAAAAGUGUGUGCAAAAGCAGCCCGCUUUGAAUUUCACGAGCAGCUCCCGGCGUGGCAAGAAAAAUCACCCAGCCUCAGCCGUUUUUUGGCUUUGCGGCAUGCUCCUAGAGACCAAGAACAACUCGCAGAUGCCAACCCAACACCGCAAAAACAUGCCAUGCCAGCUGAAACUUUCAAUUUUUCAUCAAAUCCUGGAGAAUCCAGCUGUAGCUACCGCAUGGGUGCAGCCAGCUGUGUUUUGGAACUGGUGUCACUGACGCUGCGAUGUGGAGUGACGUUAAUAGUGGCAUGCCUGGCUGCAGCCUGCGGCUGCGCCAUCGUUGCGGAGACAAACUCCUUGCUGUACGGCUUGGAGGUUCACAAGACCUAUAGCGACCUCGUCGCCUGUGUGCCGAGUGAAGCCUUAUCCUUGGCCAUCCUGGUGUUACCCAGCAUGUGUUGCUGGUUUUGCCUUCAGGGUGAUAGCCCUGUCCCAGAGCCGAACGCUGUGUCGCGCAGUCGCAGCUUGUGCCGCUGCCUUAGAUCUUGGCAGAACUCCUGCGCUGCGGCGCUGGUCGCUGGCUUGUUAUUGGGUGUUCUGGCAGGCCCACCUGCCGGGCCCUACAUGGCACAUGUGAAGGAUGCUGAUGUGCGGGAAGAGUUCGAUGGUAUUCACGUCAGGAAGAGGGCGGUACAGGACGGAGACUCCGACUUGUGAGACGUGGCAGCUUCCUUCUUCAUUCUGAGCGUGUCAGAUUGCAAUGUGGUAAAGCCAACAAUAAACGAUCCCC